AUGGGUAGCGUCGACGCCUCGCUAUCGGACAUCUUGUCCUCCUAUUCCAUCCCCACAGAAUCAAAGAAGCUGUUGACCGAAGGCUUGCUGGAGAAUCCCAAGAUCGCCAAAGACAUUCCCAGGGAAGCUCGUGAAUUUGCCUCACGCAUCACGUUCAAGGGCAGCGACCUGCCCUCGAUCCCCAUCAAUUGGCGCUUCGCCGAGUCGGCUGCGAGUCUAAAAGCCUUCGAAGCAUGCAUCAUCUCCGCACUCGUGAAGCGCAAAUACAAUGUUGAACUCACCGGGGCAGAGAUCAACACCGACCACGCCCAGCUGUUCUUUAUGUCGACGCUGAUCUGGCAGAUCAACCCCGACACGGACCACACCAUUACCCUCUCCAAGAACAUAGAGAAGAUGUACGACAUGAUUCCCAACUACGACUUCCAUAAGAUGGCAUCGAGUCUGUACAAGCUCUGUGUGACCAACAUCUACCAGACGAAGGAUGGUCGCUAUUUCCACCUUCACGGCAGCAUGAAUCCGAAGCCAUCCCUCGACAGCAUCGGUCUGCCUGAAGACCGUCCAGAGCUUAAGACCUGGGAGGAAGCGAUGCAGCCGUUCAUCGAGAAGAUGGCCACCAUCGACUCGGCCGAGAUGCAGCAUCUCGCAUCUGACGUCUACAAACAAGCCGGCGUCAUCGCGGAGACGGUCGACUCCUUCCGGGCCAGUGAACACGGCAAGGCAAAUGCUGAUGUCGGGCUCUUCGAAAUCCACUCUGCCCCAAAUCCUGCACAGAAGCCUUCGUGGUGGCCGUCAACCCCUCAGACUUCGGCAGCCAGACCCCUCGCAGGACUCAAGGUGGUUGAUCUGACACGCGUUAUUGCCGCUCCAGCUGUGACUCGAGGUCUCGCGGAGUUAGGUGCGAGCGUGAUGCGGGUCACCUCCCCCAACCUUGUAGAUUUCAGCUCGCUACACAUUGACCUCAGCUGGGGCAAAUGGCAAUGCAGUAUCGACCUGAAGACAGAAGAGGGCAAAGAGAAGCUGCGAGACCUCAUCAAGGAGGCCGAUGUCGUGGUCCAGGGCUACCGACCGGGUGUGCUUGACAAGUAUGGCUUCGGCCAACAAGGUAUUAUCGACUUGGUAAAGGAUCGGGAGCGUGGCAUCAUCUCGGUCCGGGAAAACUGCUACGGCUGGAAUGGUCCUUGGUACUAUCGCUCCGGAUGGCAGCAGAUCAGCGAUGCCUGCGUCGGCAUCUCCGCAGGCUUCGGCAAAGCCAUGGGCUUGAUGAACGACGAGCCUGUCACACCGGUCUUCCCCAACAGCGACUAUAUGACGGGCAUUGCCGGAGUUACUGGAAUCUUGUGCGCUUUGAUGAGGCGUGCCGAAGAAGGCGGCAGUUUCAAGGUGGACAUCGCGCUUAACUAUUACAAUCAGUGGCUGGCAAACUCAGUGGGAGAGUAUCCCGAUGAGAUCUGGCAAGAUGUCUGGAAGAGAAACGGCAAACCAGUUUUCAGAUGUUACAACAACAUGAACUACCUGAUACCCCGAUAUAUGGAGAUGAUCACAAAGAACGGCACGAUCUUCCAGCCCUCAUUCUUUGAAGAUCGACCGACCAAAGCCAUUGAUGCCGUUGUGCGCACGAUCAAACCAAUUAUCAAAUUUGACAAUGACCAGGUCCGCCUAGGUUAUAAUGUCGGGACCAGAGGCAAUGGCAAAGAUGCACCACGGUGGCCGGACGACCUAAUGACCGAGGUUGUGCAGUGA